AUGGAGUGGGGGAUGUUGGGGAGUGGGGGGUGGGCGGGGGGCUGCAGGGAACCGGAGGGAACCAGUGAGAAGCCUUCAGAACCAGAGGGAACCAGUCAGAAGCCUUCAGAACCAGAGGGAACCAGUGAGAAGCCUUCAGAACCAGAGGGAACCAGUCAGAAGCCUUCAGAACCAGAGGGAACCAGUGAGAAGCCUUCAGAACCAGAGGGAACCAGUGAGAAGCCUUCAGAACCAGAGGGAACCAGUCAGAAGCCUUCAGAACCAGAGGGAACCAGUGAGAAGCCUUCAGAACCAGAGGGAACCAGUGAGAAGCCUUCAGAACCAGAGGGAACCAGUGAGAAGCCUUCAGAACCAGAGGGAACCAAGGGAACCAGUGAGAAGCCUUCAGAACCAGAGGGAACCAGUGAGAAGCCUUCAGAACCAGAGGGAACCAGUGAGAAGCCUUCAGAACCAGAGGGAACCAGUGAGAAGCCUUCAGAACCAGAGGGAACCAGUGAGAAGCCUUCAGAACCAGAGGGAACCAGUGAGAAGCCUUCAGAACCAGAGGGAACCAGUGAGAAGCCUUCAGAACCAGAGGGAACCAGUGAGAAGCCUUCAGAACCAGAGGGAACCAGUGAGAAGCCUUCAGAACCAGAGGGAACCAGUGAGAAGCCUUCAGAACCAGAGGGAACCAGUGAGAAGCCUUCAGAACCAGAGGGAACCAGUGAGAAGCCUUCAGAACCAGAGGGAACCAGUAAGUAG